AUGGUCUCUCGUCAAUUAUGUUGUGUGCCUGCCCCGUCUGCCCCCACAUGUCUGCCCCCACGUGUCUGCCCCCACGUGUCUGCCCCCACGUGUCUGCCCCCACGUGUCUGUCCCUACGUGUCUACCCCCUGUUUCUGCCCCAAUGUGCCUAACCCCACGUGUCUGUGCCUACCCCCACGUGCGUGUGUCUGCCCCCACGUGCCUGUGUCUGCCCCCACGUGCCUGUGUCUACCCCCACGUGCCUGUGUCUGCCCCCACGUGCCUGUGUCUGCCCCCACGUGCCUGUGUCUGCCCCCACGUGCCUGUGUCUGCCCCCAUGUGCCUGUGUCUGCCCCCACGUGUGUGAGUGCAGACGUGUGCACGGUACGCAACUACGGCCCCAACUCGAGGUGCCUGAAGAACGAGGCAGGCUGGGCCAACUGCGAGUGUGAGAGGGGCCUCAAUCUGCUGCCCAAUGCGUCAUGCGCUCGCACGCAUGCAUACUCAGCAGUCAGGCAGGGCACUCCGACCAUUCUCCCCUUCCUCUCAGUCAGGCAGGGCACUCCGGCCAUUCUCCCCUUCCUCUCUCUCUCGUGCACUCUCACUCGGUCGUUGCUUAUUCCCGGCCUCAUGGACUGUGGGGAGAACGCCUACUGUGAGAAGGAGCAGGAUCGUGCUGUGUGUCACUGCAACUGGGGCUACGCCAUGACCGACACUGGCUGUGUUGACACGUGCAUAUUGCAAGCAUGUGGUGAGAACGGCCGCUGUGUGAAGGACGCAGCAGGGAUGGCGUCUUGUGUGUGUGACAUUGGUUUCACGCUGCAAGAUGAUGGCAGGACAUGCAUAGGUAAGGAUGCUGUGCCUUGUUGUGUGCGUGUGCUCUUGCGUCCUUCUGUGUUUUGCUGCUGUGUGUCCCAUGUACUUACGUGUUCUCUCCCCUUCUUUCCCAAUCUCUCUACCUCUUCCUCUCUCUCCCUCUACCGCUUCCUCUCUCUCUUCCUCUACCUCUUCCUUUACCUCUUCCUCUAA